GAACUGGUCGCCUCCCGUUCUACCCUGAGGGUCCGAAUAGUCAGAGCUGUAGGAGCCGAAGCGCCGAGGGAGCUCAGGAACCGCUACCUCUCUCUUUCCUUGGUCCUUAUCCGCGUCUUCUCUAAGGCCCAGGAGCGGUCCCGGCGGCGGCGCGCUCACGAGCCCGCCGGUGGAGGCGGUCACGCGCACGCACGCUUGUGCGCAAGCCCGUUCCCUCAGAACCCGGAAGUGCGAGGCCGAGGAGAGCCACGUGGGUCGAGCUGGGGCGCAGCUCGCAUGGGGGAGUCUAUCCCGCUGGCCGCCCCGGUACCGGUGGAACAGGCGGUGCUGGAGACAUUCUUCUCUCACCUGGGUAUCUUCUCUUACGACAAGGCUAAAGACAAUGUGGAGAAGGAACGAGAGGCCAACAAGAGCGCGGGGGGCAGCUGGCUGUCGCUGCUGGCGGCCUUGGCGCACCUGGCCGCGGCCGAGAAGGUCUAUCACAGCCUCACCUACCUGGGGCAGAAACUAGGGGGCCAGUCUUUCUUCAGCAGGAAGGAUUCCAUCCGCACCAUCUAUACUUCCUUACAUAAUGAGCUGAAGAAGGUUGUGACUGGCCGUGGUGCCCUGGGUGGGACUGCUCCUCACGUAGAAGAACUCCUUUCCCACCUGUCAGAGCAGCUCUGCUUCUUUGUUCAGGCUCGGAUGGAGAUCGCAGACUUCUAUGAGAAGAUGUACACCCUCAGCACACAGAAGUUCAUCAAUGCUGAAGAGCUCGUUGGCCUUUUGGAUGCCAUCCUGAAAAAAUACAGCUCCAGAUUUCACCACCCAAUCCUCAGUCCUUUGGAAAGCAGUUUCCAGCUGGAAGUUGACGUCCUGUGUCAUCUCCUGAAAGCCCAGGCCCAGGUCUCAGAGUGGAAGUUCCUCCCAUCUCUGGUUAAUUUACACAGUGCGCACACCAAGCUGCAGACCUGGGGCCAGAUCUUUGAGAAACAGCGGGAGACCAAGAAACAUCUGUUUGGAGGGCAGUCUCAGAAGGCCGUGCAGCCUCCACACCUUUUCCUUUGGCUGAUGAAACUCAAAAACAUGCUUCUUGCCAAGUUUAGCUUUUACUUUCAUGAGGCUCUGAGCCGACAAACUACUGCUUCAGAAAUGAAAACGUUGACAGCAAAAGCUAACCCAGACUUUUUUGGAAAGAUUUCCAGCUUCAUCAGGAAAUAUGAUGCUGCCAAUGUGUCCUUAAUUUUUGACAACAGGGGUUCUGAGAGUUUUCAGGGUCAUGGUUAUCACCACCCCCAUUCCUACAGAGAGGCCCCCAAGGGUGUGGACCAGUAUCCAGCUGUAGUGUCUCUGCCCAGCGACAGGCCAGUCAUGCACUGGCCCAAUGUCAUCAUGAUCAUGACGGACCGCACAUCUGAUCUGAACAGCUUGGAGAAAGUGGUCCACUUCUAUGACGACAAAGUUCAGAGUACCUACUUCCUAACCCGCCCGGAACCUCACUUUACCAUUGUUGUCAUUUUUGAGUCAAAGAAAUCUGAGAGAGACUCCCACUUUAUUUCCUUCCUCAAUGAGCUCUCACUUGCCCUUAAGAACCCCAAAGUGUUUGCAAGUCUGAAACCUGGAUCCAAAGUGAAAAGAUUGGGAAUGAGAGUCCAUGAAGACCAGCCAGUAGAUGGCAACACUAAAGCAAGACACAGCUCCUUGGCUGUGGCUUCGUUUCCAUCCUGGGACAACCCGUGCAGCUCGGCUUCUUUGGACAGUGGCAAGUUGAGCGGUAUGAGGUUUAUAAAAAUGACCAUUUUUACUGUUUAAGGUUGGGGCAUUAAUGACUGCUCUUGUAGAGACAGGUAUUCAGGCAAGAAUUGGCUCAAGAGGUGAGUCAGAAACUCUUCUGUCAUUUCCAGUGAAUUUUAACCAAGACAUUCCAAAUGCCUUCCUCAUCUGGUGACUGUGCAGUGAGCGUCUCCUGACUCAGAACCAUCCAUACAUGACUGUAACUGCUGCUGCUGCUUUGUUCCUGAGGCAUUCUCUGUUUGUUCUGAGACUCAUGCUGCCUUCCCAAAUUUUCAGACAAGAGGGCUUACCUUGCUUGAAGUGUUUAGAAGGAUGAAUGGAGAGUAUUAAUAUUUUUGUGAGGGAAAAGGGAGUUUAGUGCUCCUUGAGUUUGUAAUGAAAGUACAUACCUCUCCCCAGAUGUCCAUGAACACAAAUAUAAUUUGCUUUAAUAAUUUGGGAGGUUCAUGGGACUCCCCAUGAGUCCAUGGGCCCCCAAGAUAAAAAUCCCUGUUUGGGAAAAGCUCUUGAUGAAGUCCAAAUAGGCUAUUCAGGAGAUACAGUAAGUCUUAAAGGUCAGUACUGUCCCAGGCAGAUAAAUUACUGCUGGAUGUUUUCACCCGGAUAUCCUGUAGGCAACUCAGCACUUUCCCUUCACCAGACUUGCUCCACUUGGCAUCCUUAAUUCUUUCUUAGUAUGACUCUUGUCCCAGUCGCCCUCUCUUCAGACUUUGGAGUCAUGUUUGAUUCUUCUGUUUUAGUCACUGCUGAAUCUUCACAGCACUCUCAUAUUCGUUCCAUUUUCAUAGUCAGUUCUUUCUUCACUUUGGGCUAUUAGUCAAGCCUGGAUUAGAAAUGUCAUCUCCUGCUUGGUCUUUCACCUUCUGUGUCUUUCUAUUCCAGGCCUGCCUUCUUACCUUUGCUAGGGAAUUAUUUGAAAACCUUGAGCUGGUUGUGUCUCUUUGGCUCUGCCUCUUGCUCCCUCUUUUUUUUUU